AAAUCCUAAAUUAAUUAAAUGUAUAAAAAAAAUUAGAAAAGAGAAUGAGAAGGAAAAGGUCAGAGUCAAUGAGUUGAAUCUGAAAGUCGUUACAAACCUUGGCUGCUCUGCUGCUGCUACCGCCGUCUAUUAAUAACUACUUCAACUGUUUUUCCAUUUCAUAUUGUUUUCUAAAUCUCAAACUCCAUGGCUUCUAUACAAUCUCAAGAAAAAGUACCGCAGCUUCCACAAAACCUUGUUGAUGAUGAUAUUGAUGAGAUCAACAAGGUUAAGCUCAAUAGCGAAACCAAAAAUACCAAGAAGAAUAAGAAGAAGAAGAAUAAGAAGUUGAAUUUCCCCAAGUUUGGUUGUUUUAGAAUCCAACAUGAUGCUACUGGUGAAGGUAGUGGUUUUGAUAUUGAAGUUGUUGAUGCUUCUGGUCACACUUCUAAUCCAACUCAUUUGAUCAUUAUGGUUAAUGGUCUCAUUGGCAGUGCUCAUAAUUGGAAAUAUGCUGCAAAACAGUUUCUGAAAAGGUAUCCCUAUGAUACUAUUGUACAUUGCAGUGAAUCUAAUUCUUCUACGUUGACAUUUGACGGUGUUGAUGUAACAGGAGAUAGAUUAGCGGAGGAGGUUAUAUCAGUUAUAAAACGCCACCCAAGUGUUCAGAAAAUUUCAUUUAUAGCUCAUUCUUUAGGUGGCUUGAUAGCAAGGUAUGCAAUAGCAAAGCUUUACGAGAGAGAUAUUUCGAAGGAACUAUCUCAGGGGAAUGGACAUUAUGAGAAUCAGAUUUCAAAUCAAGAAUGUCACGAUAGAAAAUAUGAAGGGAAAAUUGCAGGACUGGAGCCUAUUAAUUUUAUUACUUCAGCAACACCACACCUUGGUUGUAGAGGGCAUAAGCAGGUUCCUUUGUUCUGUGGAUUUUACUCUUUGGAGAAUGUAGCAUCUCGUCUUUCACGGUUUCUUGGUAAAACAGGAAAGCACCUAUUUUUAACUGACGGCAAGAAUGGAAAACCUCCACUUCUUCUCCAGAUGGUUCGUGACUCUGAAGAUAUUAAAUUCAUGUCUGCUUUACGGUCCUUCAAACGCCGUGUUGCCUAUGCAAAUAUUCGUUAUGACCAGCUGGUUGGAUGGAGCACAUCAUCUAUAAGGCGUAGAAGCGAACUUCCAAAGCGCCGAAAUUUUAAAAGACACGAGAAGUACCCACAUAUUGUAAAUGUAGAGACUGCAAAACCCACUUCUGUUCCAGAGGAAGUUCCAUGUGAAUCCAAAGUUAGUAGUGAAUCCAGUAAAAUUGACUUGGAAGAGGAAAUGAUCAGAGGCUUAACCACAGUGAGUUGGGAUAGAAUUGACGUCAGCUUCAGUGGUAGUAGGCAGAAAUAUCUCGCACAUAAUGCAAUUCAGGUUCAAACUUACCGCAUCAAUUCAGACGGAGCAGAUGUGGUCCAACACAUGAUUGACGAAUUUGAGUUAUAGAAAUUACCUAUAUAUAGUGUCCCCUUCUAACACAUAGGGUAGUGCCAUUCUUUUUUCUUCUCCCGGGGAGACUAGACGGGAGAAUGUUUGUGGACAUUCCCACCAACUUAUUUUGCCAUCGAGUACUGGUGAGGAGUUUGAGUAGCAUGUAUGAAAUUAUAAGUUCACAGCCUUUGUCGUAUAACAAAAGGCCAUUGGAAGUUGAAAAAAAUAUAGUCCAAGAAGGCAAGAAGUAUUAGGACACGGAAAGGGCAAGAAAUACCGAUGAAAGGAUGAAACGGGUUGUGUAAAUAUUACACUGCCGCAUAGAGUAUGCUUUUAUGCUACCUAUUCUAUACGGUUGUAUAAUUAAGUUUUUGAAUUAGCUCUUGUCAUUUCUCAUUUUUCUGAAAGAAAUGGGAAAUGGGAAACAUGAUUAUUAUUUUUAUUUAAAAGGAACAAACAUGCUGAUUAUGUGCAUGAGACUUGUGAUGCUUCCAAGUUUGCUUCAAAUGGUGGAAUUGCUACUUUGCUCAAAGUAAAGAUAAAAGGGAAAUGAAUCCUCUCCAUUUUCUCUCUUGAUUAUUAAAGUUAAGCAGUGAUUUUGAAUGUAGAAAUGAUAUUUGGACCCAUUUAUUGUCACGUAAUAAUUAUAUUUUCAAAACUAUAGUAACGAAAUGAAGUUUUUUCAUUCUUAAUUGAGAUGGAAGUGGAACAAGGAAGGUACUAAAGGCGGAUUGUGCCCUUAUUCUUUGCAA